CUUUUGGAAGAAAAAGGCCUCGAAGCAAAGCUCCAUUAACCGUCCACAUCUCCGGAGAGGAGGGUUGUCCUUUCUUUUCUACAUUUCUCCCUCCCUCUCUUUCUCCUUCCCUCCUUCCUUCCUUCCCUCUCUCCCUCCUUCCUUCUCUCUCUCUCUCUCUCUCUCCAGCUGUUACUUGGAGAAAAUUCUUGCCCUUACGCCUGGAGAACUUUUCUGACAACAGGAAAACGAAUUUUUUAUUUUACUUUUUGGGGAAUUUUGUUUUUAUUGGCCGCCGGGGAAAGACGAGGAAGACCAAAAAAAUAAUAAUCCUUUUUUACCAAAAGGAGCAAUGCCACGCAUCACUACUAGCAUAUGCUGAGGGACGUGGGUCUGUGCCAAGCUGCCGCUGCAUCCGUAUCCUUUGCACGCUUUUCCAGAAAGUGCCCAGCAGCUGAGGAUGGCCAAGAAGGAACCGGGAACUUGUCUCUGAGCGUAAGCAGUGCCUUCAGGAAAGCAAUGUUGGGGCAGAUCCUGUCCGCCUGGUCCAAGUUCGCCACCCACCCAGCGAAAAAGAGCGCCAUCGACCAUGGCAACAGCCUGGCGUCUUUUGGCCUGGACGUUCCUCUCUGCCGUGUCGGUGGGCAAUCUUCCUGGGUAUACCUUCCAGUCGCAAGAGGAGUUCCUCUCCAGCUUGGACCACUAUGAAAUUGCCUUCCCCAUCCAAGUGGACAAAAAUGGGGAAUUUCUCAGCUUUGACAUGAAAAGCCAGCGGAAACGGAGGUCUCGGCGAAGCGCGGGACACCCGUCUUUCGAAGCGCCGGAACAGCAGGUCUUCUACAAGGUCUCUGCCCAUCAAACUCAGUUCCUCCUCAACUUGACGCUACACACAAAUCUGCUGGCGGAGCGUUUCCGAGUCGAGUACUGGAAACGUGACGGCGUCGACCAGCAGCACGAGUUCCACGAGGAUUGCCACUACGCCGGUCACUUGCAAGAUGAAUACUUGAACUCCAAAGUUGCCAUCAGUAACUGCAAUGGACUGCAUGGUGUGAUCAUAGCAGAUGAUGAGGAGUAUUUCAUUGAACCGUUGAACCCGAGUACCAACCUCAGUGGCGAACAUGAAAGCGAAGGGACCCCGCAUGUGGUGUACAAGCGCUCGUCUCUCCAGCACCCGCACAUGGAUGCCGCUUGUGGCGUGUUAGAUGAGAAACCAUGGAAAGGUCGGCCAUGGUGGCUGCGGACACUGAAGCCCUCCCCUGUGAAGACGCUGGGCAACUUCAGCCAACGGGGCCAGCUGCCAUUGAAGCGGUCAGUCAGCACAGAGCGAUACGUGGAGACCCUGGUGGUGGCCGACAAGAUGAUGGUGGGCUACCACGGCCGGAGAGACAUCGAGCAGUACAUCCUGGCCAUCAUGAAUAUUGUUGCUAAACUUUUCCAAGACUCAAGUCUGGGAAAUAUUGUCAACAUCCUCGUCACUCGCCUCAUUUUGCUGACCGACGAUCAGCCCACUCUGGAGAUCAACCACCACGCUGGGAAGUCACUGGACAGCUUUUGCAAGUGGCAGAAGUCAAUCGUGAACCGCAACGGCCACGGGAACGCCAUUCCGGACAACGGCAUUGCCAACCACGACACGGCCGUGUUGAUCACCAGGUACGACAUUUGCAUCUACAAGAAUAAACCUUGUGGGACUCUUGGAUUGGCGCCGGUGGGUGGGAUGUGUGAACGUGAAAGAAGCUGCAGCAUCAACGAAGACCUGGGCUUGGCCACGGCUUUCACCAUUGCCCAUGAGAUCGGUCACACGUUUGGGAUGAACCAUGACGGUGUUGGAAACAGCUGUGGGUCCCGGGGACAAGAGACAGCUAAACUCAUGGCCGCCCACAUCACCAUGAAGACCAACCCGUUUGUGUGGUCAACGUGCAGCAGGGAUUACAUAACCAGCUUCCUGGACUCUGGAAUGGGACUCUGCUUGAACAAUGCACCACCCAAGCAAGACUUUAUCUACCCGACGGUGGCACCAGGGCAAGCCUACGAUGCGGACGAACAGUGCCACUUUCAGUACGGAGUCAAAUCUCGCCAGUGAAGUUUGCAAUGAGUUGUGGUGUCUCAGCAAAAGCAACCGAUGCGUCACCAACAGCAUCCCAGCAG